AUGACACCUGCCAACAACAAGAAGAGAUCCACCAUGAUGACUCCAGCGCGCCGCGUUCGAACUUCCCGUCGUCACAUGCCAACCAUGACCAUGGCGGCUCCCGAUCGCUUCAUCCCCAGCAGAGCCAAGACAGAUGCCUCCAAAGUACGACGAGCGUUGUUGGCGAACGGCGCAUCGUCCAAGUCCGAGGAUGAAUGCUACAACAAGCAGCUCCGAGAAGUGCUCUUUCAAGACGAUGCCGAGAACGAUCGUCUGUUGCACUUCUCCUCUGCCACAACCACAAAGCGCGACGCCUUUCGCACACAAGCGGGGACCAUUCAAAGUCCAUUUGUGCAUGGCGUGGGUGCAAACGUUAGCAACUCUGUCAAGAAAGCAAAGACCACGCAGCAGAGCCGAAUCCUUCCGCUGCGAAAGCUCGACGCUCCAGGCUACUUGGUCGACAAGGGCCUCCGACUCAUGAGUUCUGGUCCAUCGCUCGCCGUUGCACUUCACGACCGACUGUACCUGUGGAAUGAUGGCAGUGUCCAGUGUGUCAAUGAUACCGACGACGACGACGAGUGCAUUUCCUGUGUCUGCUGGUCACCCAAUGGCAAGUAUAUUGCGGUGGGCAAGAAUGGGAGCAUUGAAGUGUGGUGCCCCAAACGGUGUCAAUUGGUGGCCAAGGCAACUUUCUAUCAGCAAUCGUGGGUCACAGCCAUUGCAUGGCACUCGUCUUCCAAUCAACUGGUCGCAGCCAACGCGGCUGGAAUCAACCGCUACACCAUUUCGGACAACUCGGUAUCGCUGCAGCAUGUGGCACGAUACAAGGGACACGGCGACUGUGAAAGUGAAGUAGUCCUCUCUCUUGUGUGGACUCCAGAUUACUUGUUCAGCGCAGCCACCGACGGAGAAAUCCGAAUCUGGGAGAAGAAACAAAAAGUGGAUGAAACCAUGUGGAUGGCACCCAUUCCGCCGGUCCGAAUUCUAAAGCAGCCGGGUGUCGCCAAGAUCAAGGCCCAUCCCAUGCAACCGCAUCUUCUCUACUGUGGCGGCGACGACGGGAUCGAAUGCUAUGACGCGCGCAGUGCAACCAAAGUCCCACGCCGAUGCAUUGAAAUGCAGGAAGAAAAGGUAACUGACUUCGUCUUGUCGCCCUUUGACACAGAUGAGUGUGUGGUGGCCGUCGACAAUGAACUUACACUGUUUUCGUUCACUCGCAAUUCCAAAGUCAUCGAACGAUUCUAUUCGAAGGAGAAGAUUGGCGACUAUCUCUGCUUGGAUGGCGGCAAGGAUGGCACGGUUCUCGGUGUUGGCGAACAAGAGACAAUUGCCAUGAUGAAAGUCUUCCGACGCCCUCGAAAGGUGGCUGUCUUCAAGACAUCGGCGAUGAUCAAUGGCUUGAGCGGAGUGCGAUAA